AUGAGCGCCUCUUGUCUUACCAAAACCUUCAAAGCGAAAGAACGUCUCUAUCAAAAUGUCCCACAAAAUUUUCAUUUUGACCUUUUAUGCCUUGGAGAUUUUUUUUUUCUUUACCUCAAACGUCGCCAAGUUGCAAAUCCACCACCACCACCCGCUAUUCUUCGCCUUACACUUUACAGGCAACACGAACCACUCUUUCCACUAACAGUGAACCGCCAACUACCACAAUCACCAUAUCCACCCCGACCUUAUUUAGUGCACCACCUUGAUGGUCUCCGCCACCACCCUAAUCCGGUCCUUCAACUGUCGUUUCUUCCUUUCGUCGUCUCUAUGUCCUUUGAGUUGGCCAAGAUCAAAUUUCAUGCCAAAUUUACAAGGUUCUCUCUCAGGAGACCCUUGGCGAAAACCACCUACACUCUCCUCGUUUACUGGGUUUUAUAUCUGAGGCGAACUUUCUUUCGUUUCUUACUCUUUUUGCUCACAACUCCAUAUUUAAAUCUUUACUUAAUCCUUCCCGAAUUCUUUCUUUACUAUUUUGUCAUUUUUUUUUCGUUCGCUUUCUUCCUUGUGAUGAUUUGUCUGUAUUUUUUUUCUUUUCAGUUUUUUUUUCUCUCGAGUCAUCAUUUUAUUCGAAAUUGUUCUUCCAUUCUUUUUUUGUGCCAAUCGCUUUUUCUUUAG